AUGAGAGUGGGUGAGAGCUUUCAUCUCUACGGUACCAGUCGUACCAAUGAGCCCUCUUUUGUCCUAGAAUUUGUGAAUAAUGCUGAUAAGCAUUUUAACUACGAACGUCGUGAAUACUACGAAACCCCACUACAUAUACAUUCAUGGUUUGUACAUCCGGUUAUACCAGCCUGGACCCAUCACUAUGAAAUUGUGGCUGGUCCUGGCCUAAAACAUGCAGAUUGGACCAAUCAUCAGGUGGUACCAAUGAAUUUUGCGCGAAAUCAGCCGUACCAUUUUCUUAUCACCAAAGGUCAUGGAGGAUUUGUGGUGAGGAUUAAUGGAGCUGUCAUUAUUUAUUGGGUGUAUGUUGUUUAUGAAAUUUAAGUGUAAAUUUUUUCAAAUUUAUAGCAAAUUAAAGAAAAGCAAUUAAUCCUAAUCCUAUAAAAUGAAGCCUCACUAAGCCUAAACCUAAUAAAAAGUGUUCGUUCCCAAAAUCUAUUAAAUCCUGUUUUACUAAGCCUACACCUAUUAAGCUUAGGCUUAUUAACAUAAAACACACAUUGUAAACAAAAGCCUAAUAAGCUUCAAAAAAAUAAACCCAAAGCUUAAUUUAAGAUUUAAGCCUAAGCCUAAGUCUAAAUGAAAAAUCUUAAGCCUAAACCUAAACCUGAGCCUAAUCCUACGCCUAAGCCUGAGCCUAAGUCUUAGACUAUGCCUAAGCCUAAUCCAAAGCCUAAGCCUAAGCCUAAGCCUAAGCCUAAGCCUAAGCCUAAGCCUAAGCUUAAGCCUACGUCUAAGCAUAUGCCUAAGCUCAACCUGAGUUUUAACACAAACCUAAGCCUGAGACAAUGUGUAAGCCUAAAAUGUUCAAUUUUAGAGCUGAAAGAGCAUCCCGUUGCACAAACCUAGCAUAUGUCACAUUUACUCAUGUUCACAAAGCAUGGAAAGACAAUGACUACGGCUGUACAAUGGAAAAGAAGAAGCCUAAGAAGAAAACUACUAAGAAAAGAAAAACCACAAAAGCCACGACUGCUAAAACUGCUACUACAUCUGCUACUAUUGGACCACCAACGUUAGUCACGUCUACUGUAGCUACUACAACGACAAUUCCAACAACGACUAAUUCAGUCACUCUUAAUCCUCCAGUUCUUGUUACUAGUACUGGAGCUUUGCCGACCUAA